GUUAGUUUCAUAUAUUUUGUCCUAGAAAACGUACAGAAAUCAUAUGAUUAUAUUUUCUACAAAUACUUGCGAAAAUGUCACGUAGAAAGCCAAUACACAUGCUUGAUGUGGUGGGUAAUCUGGACAGUAAUAUUAUUACUGCAAUUCCGGAAUAUAUAGUUUCAAAGGAGUCCGAUAAGAAAAACAAUAUAAAACCACCUAACGAGGAUGCUUUUGUUGAAACGCCUCAAACGUUCUACUUAUCUUGCCUGAGAGAAUUUAAUACGUUGGUAGAAGCUCAAAAUGCGCAGAUGGAAGAGAAUCGGCGGUACGACAUAAUGAAUGCACACCACAAUGCAGAAAUCUGCGCGGAUCAACGAUUAUUGAGAGAGAAGUUCAUUAAAUGCACCUCGAAACUCAAGGAACUAAGACAAAAAGAAGAAACAACUCGCCUUAUAAUCGAAGAGCACGCCCUAGAGCAGAAGUUGAUGAAAGACAAAUCAGAGGAACAUAGAGUCAGCAUCAAAACAUUGAAGAUUUUUCGCACGGAAUUCCAGCAAACCCUUCAGCGUUAUGUCCUUUAUGAAAAUUUUAUGAAAGAUUUUCUAAAGGAUCAUCCAAAAUACGGUACCUCUGAGCAAUUUAUCAAUUCCAUGGAUGCGCUAAUGUUGGCGAAUGUUGAUAUCAACAGCAUGAAUGAACAACUUGUACAGAGCAUCAGUGACAUGAAGUCCGAAUUAGUGACUAUAACUCGAGAUAUCGCCAACUCAAUUUUGUCAAUGAAAAAUGAGUUGGAUUUCUUUCAACGUGCUUUUGUUAAGGUUUGUCAUGAGGUUGCAGAUAUGGAGGAAAAUCUUUCGAAGAUAAGAACUGCCUGGAUUAAGAGGCAAAACGAAAAGAAUCGUAUGGGAGAAGGGCUGUAUAAUUUAUACAGCUUGCUUUGCCGUCGAAGAAAUAAGUACACAGAUUUACGCACAACAGAGAUUGAGAAAAUUUGUGAAUUUGUGAAGCAUGAAUAUGAUGUAUUGCACUUUACCACUUCUCAUAUAGAAGAACCCUGCGAAUAAUAUCAUAAUAUUAUUCAACAAAAUUAAACAAAAUUAACAAAAUAUAUUUUAUAAACUCUUUACAUAUUUUAUUAAGUUAUUCGUAAUAAUAAAUGGAACACACGUAUACUCUCUCGAG